AUGGCGCUACCAAUUGACAUAAAUGAAUUUAUUGAGGCCAUAAGGAAUUUUAUAGACGAGUAUGAUCUAAACAAACUUGCUUUUCUGGCAGAGCGUUUGCAGCCAUAUAGGGUCGAGGAUCGUGAAGGGCUCAUUGCUGGCCAUGGCAAAGUUCUGGUUCUUGAAGGACUCGAACACCAAGUUCCACCGGACUCAACGAAAGCUAUCUUGUAUUCAGGAUGUCAGAACCACGCGGACCCAAUUUCCGGUACAGCAGUUUCAAGCGAAAAAGACCGAGCUCCCGUUGUGACAUUCUCACCGACAAGUCCGAUUGACUUACCUACUGCUGAUUUAGAGUGCUGUGAUUCACAAUUAGGGAGUUCCAGCAUGUCCACAAAUGAUAGCAUAUACACAAAUUUUGAUGAAAGAAUCUGGGCUGACAUUGAUGUGAGCGAUUUGAGAGAAAAUCAAACAUUUGCUGGACUUUCCAUCCCGACCUUCUUGGAGUCUUUCUCCCUGCCUGUCAAUUUACCUCCCAGUUCGAUGAUUUCCAAUUCAGAAAUCUUUCCAUUGGUCGACAUGGCUGAAACUGGAGCUGACAGGGUGGCUGAGUCUGGGUUUAUUGACGGUAGUGCGGGUAAAAUAAUUGACAUAUUACCUUCUAUGGAGUUGUCUCGCGAAGUAUGCACAAAUGCUGCUGAACUGAGUUGGACUCCUAAAACUGUAGACAGGCUUGCUACCUCAAGCACAACAGUGGACUUACAAACAGCAAGCUUGCCGUCCCUAACGUCGCCUAGGACACAAUUACACACCCCACCGGAAACAUCCUGCAGCGGUGACUCGUCCACUAAUUGCAGUCGAAAGCAUAGAGGACUUAGCGGGCGAGCGAUGACGGACACUGGACAUCUACAGGAGCCUCUGGCGAUAGGUGACUGUAUCCGGGAAGACUAUAUGAAUUUAUUGGAAUCCAAUUUACCGCUAUGGAAGAGGUAUGGUCUAUGGCACGAAACACCUAUCACAUACACUGGGGGAGCCUGCGUUGAUAACAAGCGGCUGGAAAAUAUCUACUCUUGCAUCUGUCAACUCGAGACGCGAAUGUGCAAUGAUCCAAUCAAGGAGCGUAUGGCAUUGUUUCUUCUAUAUCUAGGAUACGAGGAUAUGUUCCAGACAUGGAAAGUAACAAACUACUGCACACGGAAGGACCCAGCCAGUAUUGGACGAGGUGAAGCAAGUCGAAUCAUCGACCAAAUUCUCAAGAAAAGCCAUCCUGGGUGGGAUCGUUGUGACUCGAAGAAAAGAUCGGAAUUGCGGGCAAACUUUCACAACAGAAAAAGAUAUGGCAAGAGAUGGGCAACCCUAGUAUCAGGUCUAGGGGCUGCUAUAUUGGUUAUCUGCUCACGUAAACUUAUCUCAAUGGUGCAGAAUACCAGCAUCUCUAUCCAGCAGCUUGAGGGUUUCUGCUGUCGUGUUCACACAAAUAUACACUGUAUCAUUCCUAUCCUGGAGCUAACAAACCCAAUGGUGGAGUGUCUUCUUCAGGAUGACGGAUACGACAAAUACGAUACGGAGUUUAUCCUGGAGCACUUAAAACGUCUCAAUUUGAAAAGCUCACUCAACGCAGAAUGGAUCGCUGACUUGGAUGAGAACACCCUCGCUCCUAAUGGAUUGAACUGA